CCGUCACCCGCACGGUUUUGCCCACGCAACACUCGCGAUCAAGUGAAAACCACUAAUUGAGGAACUCGAUCAUCGUCGCGGCAUACAUCGAUCACGCGCGAGCGCCAUGGGUGGGCUCUCCAUGGACCAGGCCUUCGUGCAGGCCCCCGAGCACCGUCCCAAGGCGGUCCUCGCGGAGGCGGCCGGCGUCCCGCUCAUCGACCUCUCCCCUCUCGCAGCGGCCGACGACGAUGCCGCCGGCCUGGAGGCCCUCGCGGCCGAGGUGGGUAAGGCGAGUAAGGACUGGGGCUUCUUCGUGGUGGUGCGCCACGGGGUGCCGGAAGAGAAGGUUGCGCGCGCGCUGGAGGCCCAGAGGGCGUUCUUCGCCCUGCCGGCGGACCGCAAGGCGGCCCUGCGGAGGGACGAGGGCGCGCCUCUGGGCUACUACGAGUCGGAGCACACCAAGAACGUCAGGGACUGGAAGGAGGUCUUCGACCUUGUCCCGCGCGAGCCCCCGCCGCCCGCUGCGGUUGCCGACGGCGAGCUCGUGUUCCAGAACAAAUGGCCCGAGGACGAUCUUCCGGGCUUCAGAGCGGCAUUUGAGGAGUACGCGGAAGCGAUGGAGGAGCUGGCGUUCAAGCUGCUGGAGCUGAUCGCGCGGAGCCUGGGGCUGAGGCCCGACCGGAUGCACGGCUUCUUCGGAGACGACCAGACCACCUUCAUCCGGCUGAACCACUACCCUCCUUGCCCGAGCCCCGACCUGGCCCUGGGCGUGGGCCGCCACAAGGACGCGGGCGCGCUCACAAUCCUCUACCAGGACGACGUCGGCGGGCUCGACGUGAAGAGGCGCUCCGACGGCGAGUGGGUGCGUGUCAAGCCCGUCCAGGACUCCUUCAUCGUCAACGUGGGGGACAUCAUCCAGGUCUGGAGCAACGACAGGUACGAGAGCGCCGAGCACCGGGUGUCGGUUAAUUCGGACAAGGAGAGGUUCUCCAUGCCUUACUUCUUCAAUCCGGGCAGCAGCGCCAUGGUGGAGCCGUUGGAGGAGCUGGUCAGCGAUGAGAGCCCGGCCAGGUACCGCGCCUACAAUUGGGGGAACUUCUUCAGUACCAGAAAGAACAGCAACUUCAGGAAGCUCGACGUGGAGAACGUCCAGAUCGCGCAUUUCAGGAAGGACCUGCCCGUCGCCUAGAAUGAUUAAUUUUCGUCCUGAUCGAUGGAUCGCGCGGUCCAUCCUGUUGCUAUAUAUCUUCUGUGUGCAAGUUACAAACAUGGCGAUGCCGCCCCUUUGUGAUAUAUAAAAUAAUAAUGCGGAUGUUAUUGUCAUGUGCCUAUUUCAAUAUGGUUGUUAAUGUGGCUAAAAUUGCUGUAUAAAAUGGUACAAUGUGACAAAGAUAUAUAUUACCAUGA